GGUGCGGAGGUGGAGGAGGCACCAUGGCGUUGACGGGCUGCGUCGUCGGACACCCCAUCGCGACCGCCAUCGCCGUGCCCGCUAGCUGACCCGCACACCGUCAACCAUGUCCACCAGAACCAGCAUCGCGGACUCGAUUCCCGCCAUCCCCGUCAAGGAGCAGACGAGGGACUUGGUGGUGACGGAGCCGCGGUACAAUGACGGCGUCCUGGAGGGCAUGUGGCGCGACCGGCGCAUCGAGAAGACCAAGCCGUGCCUGCCGCCCUUCCGCGGCUGCUCCAUCUACACGACCUCGUUCAAGAGGCCCAGCCUCACCACCCCCGGCGUGUACCUGGACGACUACGCGUCGCAGGCCGCCUGGGAGCACCGGGCCAGCAGCGAGGGCGUCCACCGCGCCAUCCUGAUGGAGGCGAGCGGCCCCAAGUGCCGGGAGAACUUUACGACCACCACCGACCUGAUGCACCACUGGAUGCCGCAAGUGUGCCCCAAGUCGCGCGCCUUCAACUCGAGGCACUUGGAGUGGCUGCCGUCGCAGGACCUGCUGCCCUGCAUUGGCAACUUGACCCAGUACGGGCUGAAGGAGCUGAUGGCAGCCCGCUGGGCGGCCGAGAGGGCCUCUGAGCGCGCCAAGCCCACCACCACCCACCGGGCGCACUUCCACGUGCCCUGCGCCUCGCACAGGGAGACCAGCCGGCGGGCCGUCUGCAGGCUCUUCUCCUCCAAGCUGCACGGCAACAACAAGAUCCUCAACGACCAGCACCUCCGCGGCCAGCAGAUCCUGGUGACGCCGAACGUGCUGAUGGGCGAGUACCCGCUGGACGCGUGCCGCGACCGCCUGCCCAUCGUGCCGGAGCUGCCCCUGGAGAGCCCACCAGUGCUGCGCGUGCCGGACAGUGCCUGA